AUGAGACGCAAUCGCUCUCCGAGUGCGCCUUCGCACUACCGGGCGCUGGGACAUCAACAUGGCAACGGCGCGGAAUCCGAUCCAGUCUCUCUCAUCCGGUCAUUCAACGUCGAAAAUAACCCUACACGGCCGAUGCGACCAUCCCCGCUUACCGCCUCGACCAUCAGGGACAUGCCAUUGGAUCUGGUAGAUCGCAUCAGAGCCUUUCCCCUCUUUCUUUCGGCGUCGGAAGAGUUUUUAGUAGCAAUUGGCAAUCACUUGAAACCGCAGGUACACGGACCCAACGACCACAUUAUCACUGAGGGGGAUGACGCAAAGGCCAUGUACUGGUUGGUGCGAGGCGUUGUCGCAGUCACCUCGAGAGACGGCGAGGCCGUUUACGCAGAACUCAAAGCUGGCGCCUUUUUCGGCGAGAUCGGGGUGCUCAUGGACAUGCCCAGGACCGCCACCAUCGUCGCCCGAACCAAGUGCCUGUUGCUGGUGUUGAAAAAGGAGGAUCUCCAAACUGUCAUGCCAAGCUUCCCAGAGAUGGAGAAGGCGAUUCGACAGGAAGCGCAGGAAAGACUAGCGGUGCUCAAGAAAAAACGACUGGAACGUGGCGCAUCCCUCAAAUCCCCCAAAAGCGAGUUCACUCCACGCACUACGAACCCGGGCGAGGUGUCGACUGGAGAGACCGGCGCGAUCAAGGACGGCGCGGUGAUCAAGUCCAAGAAACGAAAAUCUCCAAGCCCCAGCGUAAUCGAAGACCCGGCCCUCGGCAGUGCGCUAGGUAGCGGCUUCGUCAACAUCCGAAAGACGCUCAAAGAACUCCCUCUCUUUACCUCUCUGCCGCCCGACAUCCUCCACUUUCUAGGAUUAAGCGUGCAGCCAAAAACGUACCCGCCCUUCACCGACAUAGUAUGCCAAGGCACCCCUGGCCAUGAGAUCUUUUUCGUCGUACGAGGCGAAGCGGAGGUUAUUCAUCAGCAGUCGAAGACAGAUAAAGAAGCAGAAAGCCUGACCAGAUCGAUCCAAAAAAGACCACGAUUGAAAACCGGACAAUACUUUGGAGAGGUUGCUAGCUUGGGCCUGUCUCGUGGGCGGACGGCAACGGUCAGGUCAAUCACGACGGUGGAAUGCUUGAUGAUACCGGGUGAAACUCUGGAUGAGCUAUGGACACGAUGCCCCCCAGCUAUCAAAUUGCAGGUGGAGCAAACAGCAUGGCAUCGCUACAACUACCGUGACGACGAUGUCGACAUGGCCGACGCAGAUCAGCACGGCAAGACGAGCAAGUCAGACCCCCCAACGCCGAGACUCGCUCGCCUUAGCCUUCCCGAUGACAACUUCGUAACACCUCUCAAGCCCAUAUCUGCGACUCCUAGGGAUGAUUCGGAAGUCAUGGAGCCAAAGGACCCCGAUCCUUUCUUGAGUGUCGAUAUGGAAAACUUGAGAAAUAGAAGGCGCCAUUCAAUAGCACCGCCGACCACGCCCACCGAGGCUUCCCCGACCACGCCCACUCGAACAAAUGGAGCGCGAUCCCCGUUAGCAGGGCCGUCAUCUCCCAUUGCGUGGACUGCUCCAGACUUUGAAUCCGAUGUACCAGCAAAACGGGCCAAGACGCUGUCUCACCGGCCGCACUCUCUUCAGCCUUCAUCUAUCACAGACAACAUUCUGGUACAAAUUUUUCAGUAUGCCGAAGUUGGCGAACUCCUGAGGCUGCGGGGUGUCUGUUCUCACUGGAAGACGCUCCUCACUACGUCCCCAAAGUUGUGCACAUAUGUCGACCUCUCCCACUAUAACAGGAGGGUGACAGACCAAGCUAUUAUCGACAGCAUCGCACCCUUUGUGGGAACCCGGGCUCUCGUCAUAGAUCUGAACAAUUGCUUCCACAUCACUGACGAAGGGUUUUCCGCGCUGUGGCGGACCUGUGGUAAGAAUGUGCAGAAGUGGAGGAUGCGCUCGCUAUGGGACGUCUCGGCGAACCAGAUUCUCGAAAUGAGCGAAAACGCCAAGGGCCUCAGGGAAGUCGACUGGAGCAACUGCCGAAAAGUUGGAGACAAUCUCCUUGGCCGAGUUGUCGGCUGGGUUGUCCCCGAACCGCCGCCUGUGAGCAGCAGCAAGGUUGUGAUAUCGAGCUCGGGGAAGAAGACAAAGGAGAAGGCGGCCCAGCAACCUUCGCCUACCAUGCCAGCACCGGGCACAGUUAUUGGUUGCUCCAAGCUGAACACUCUGAACCUAUCAUACUGCAAACACAUUACUGAUCGAUCAAUGGGCCAUCUCGCCGCCCAUGCCUCGAGCCGGCUCGAGUCUCUAACUCUCACCCGCUGCACAUCGAUUACGGACGCAGGGUUUCAGUCGUGGGCCCAGUUCAAAUUUGAGAAGCUGACUCAACUGUGCCUGGCGGAUUGCACCUAUCUCUCUGACAACGCCAUCGUGGCACUCGUCAACGCAGCCAAGAACUUGACCCACCUCGACCUGUCCUUUUGCUGCGCGCUCUCCGACACGGCGACAGAGGUUGUCGCUCUUGGCCUGCCGAAGCUGAAAGAGCUGAGACUGGCAUUCUGCGGCAGCGCCGUGAGCGAUGGCAGCUUGGAGAGCGUCGCCCUGCAUCUUAACGAGCUCGAGGGCCUUAGUGUUCGAGGAUGUGUCCGCGUGACCGGCAAAGGGCUGGAAUACAUCCUCCGAGGCUGCACACGCCUCAAGUGGGUUGAUGUCAGCCAGUGCCGCAACCUUGAGCCCUGGCUUCGGGCAGGCAGUGUUUCGAAAUGGGGGUUCGACAGCCGGACCGCAAAGACGGAGCUGACAUCGGUGAACAGCUGGCCAACGACAGCGUUUGACAGCAUGCUUGGAGACUUGCCGACACCGCGGAAGAUGAGUGUAGCGAUGCUCACCACACCCAGCUUCUUCCCGAGGCCUGGCGCUACCCUUAUGGGCAAGAAAAGGAGGCCGCCUGUCAAGUUUGUGAUUGAAAAGGGAACUGACGGGCUUAGAUGA